AUGGUUGUGAAAAUUAAACUUUCUCAACCGGUUAGCAGCAAACCUACAAUCGCCUUGGGCAAGCAAAAGUGGCAGUACCGUGUUACGAAAAUGAAACUGGACGUCCACCAAAAUGAAGUUUUUGAUGGACGCAUGAUGAUGACUGCGAGUGGUGGCGUUUAUUCAUGA